AUGCAGGCGCGCUAUUCUGUCUCAAGUCCCAACUCUCUGGGCGUUGUGCCUUACAUUAGCAGCGACCAAAGCUACUACCGGGCUGCCGCUGGCGGAGGAUACACCGGGAUGCCUGCCCCAAUGAGUAUGUAUUCUCACGCUGCACAUGACCAGUACCCCGCCAGUAUGGCGCGGGCGUAUGGACCAUAUACUCCACAGCCCCAGCCUAAGGAUAUGGUCAAACCGCCGUACAGCUAUAUAGCUCUCAUCACCAUGGCCAUUCAAAACUCACCGGACAAAAAGGUGACGCUGAACGGGAUUUAUCAGUUUAUAAUGGAGAGAUUCCCCUUCUACAGAGACAAUAAACAAGGCUGGCAAAACAGCAUUCGACACAAUCUAUCCCUCAACGAGUGUUUUGUCAAAGUACCCCGUGAUGACAAAAAACCUGGCAAAGGCAGCUACUGGACCCUGGACCCGGACUCUUAUAAUAUGUUCGAGAACGGCAGCUUCUUGAGGCGGCGACGACGCUUCAAAAAGAAGGACGCAUUGAAAGAGAAAGAGGACCGGCAGAUUAAGGAGACACAGACACGCCAGCAGCCGCAACAACAACAGCAGCAGGGCCGAGAACAGGAGCAAUCUGUGCAAGGCUCGCAACCCGUACGCAUCCAGGACAUCAAAACGGAGAACGGCACAUCCACACCACCGCAGGCCGUUUCGCCUACACUGAGCACUGUUCCGAAGAUUGAGAGUCCUGACAGUAGCAGUAUGUCGAGUGGCAGCCCACAUAGCAUCCCCUCCACUCGGUCCAUUGGCCUGGAAAGCGCCGGGGAGCAACAGCAUCACCACCACGGCCAGGCCCCAGCACAGGGCUUCAGUGUUGACAACAUCAUGACAUCCCUCCGCGGGUCGCCUCAGAGUGCCAGUGAGCUCACAUCGUCCCUCGUUGCUUCUUCUCGGACAGGUAUAACUCCCUCUUUGUCUCUAAAUUACUCGCCCAACCAGUCCUCCGUCUACAGUUCACCGUGUAAUCAAAACUCCAUCUCCACUACCUCGAACGCGACCUACCACUGCAACAUGCAGGCCAUGAGCUUGUACGCCGGGGACCGCUCCAGCCACUUGGCAACCAGCACCACUGUGGACGAAACUUUGCCUGAUUACUCAAUCACGACCACCACCUCUUCGCUGAGCCAUGGCAAUCUCAGUUCGGGCCAGGAGGGCCACCAUCCGCACCAAGGGCGUCUCGCCUCAUGGUACUUAAACCAGGCCGGAGACCUCGGACACCUUGGUGCGACCUACCCCGCGCAGCAACAGAACUUUCACUCAGUCCGAGAGAUGUUUGAGUCCCAGAGAAUUGGCUUGAAUAAUUCGCCAGUGAACGGGAAUAACAGCUGUCAAAUGUCCUUUCCCCCAAGCCAGUCCAUCUACCGCACGUCUGGGGCUUUCGUGUAUGACUGCAGCAAGUUCUGA